CUGACAACAGACAUGAUUUGUUUGCUGUUGUGAAGUACAAGAUCGAGCACGAGCAAAACAAAGAUUCCGGAAAAUGCUUCAAUAAUCAAUUCUUGCAAAGUUCAUCGUCAUCUGAGCAUUUUAUGUGUCCAUUUUCACUAUGGAACCUCUCAGUGGUACAUGUUUGUCUUGUGGUAUCCAGGCCUUAACCAAAUGUUCCAAAUGCAAGCAAGCCUUUUAUUGCGGACGAGCCUGUCAAAAAAUAGAUUGGAGGAGUCACAAAAAAGGCCAUGAUGAGCCUCUUGACACGUUUGGGAUCGGACAAUUCAUCAAUGAUGCUUGCAAACCCCAGGUCCAGACCAUGGACUUCUCCUCCACCCUAGAGGCCUUAACCCGAUAUCAAAUGGAGAGCACACAUAAGAGUAAUUGUGAAGUGGGACCAGAUAACUGGUUCAUUGCCACCAGAGACAUCGAAACCAAUCAAGAACUGUUCACCCAUUAUGGUUUUGAAUUCUGGGCUCAGAAAUUCAUGUUGGACUCGGCUAGUCCUGUGGAACGCUUGCUUUUCUAUGCCGUUAUGGACCAGAAUCGAAAACCAUUUGACCUGAGACGCUUCUACAAUUUCACCGAUGCCACGAUGCGGUCCUUUCUGAAAGUCUUGAUUCAGGUCCCUGAUGUGGAACAAGAGAAUUUCGAUCCCAAGAAAUACAUUUGUCAAGUCACUGAUCAAAUCAACAUCCAAGCUCCUGUCGAGAUCCAAUCCUAAGAUUUGGCUCCACUUUGGAGGUGAUACGUAUGUGUACGUACGUCAAAGGCCGUCAGUUUCACCUCCUAGGUGCUGAAAACCUGGACAAAAUGGAUUCUGGCGGAAAAAUAUCGUUUCUCAUCAUGAGAACAAAAGGAAAAUGAGAAGAAGAGAAAGACCUCUUUGAGGGAUUCUCUUUCACGUCAAUCUCUCAGAUGAUCUUCGCGAUAAAGGGCGAACCUCUCGUGUAAACCUACAUACGUAUAUACUUUAUGUGUAUGGAUUUCUGCGGAAUAGCAGGAGUUAAUUCAAACGAAUAGAGAGCUGACCUGCUCACUCAACGAGAUACUUGCGUUGUGAAUUUAUUUCAGUAUUGCAUCUUGAUCGGUCAUGCAAAACAAAUUGCCUUUGUGUUCUGAUGAUAAAUAUGGGCUACACUCCAUGGCUCAUGCGUUCUGACAAUACCCUGUACCAAAAAACAAUGUUGAAAGUAAUAAAGAGAAUGGGAAGAACAA